CGCUGUUCUCACUGUCAGACACUCUCAUCUUGUGCAGUGGAAACAAACACAGUGCCUGUUUAAUUCAGCUGAGUUGUCAGGGCCGCUUCAUUACGUGGCGCACCAGGUAACAGCUGCCAAAGGCGUCUAAUCCUCUGGUGUGGAAAGGAUCAAGGAAAAGGUGGCGUUUACUCUCGCCGAGAGGACAGGACACGUCGGACAGGUACCUGAUUCUGGGAUCGUAAUUUCCAUCUGUAAUGAGGCGUGGGGCCCACAUCACGCAUCUGAAAGCUCAGCUCUCAAAAGCGCUGGGAUUCGGAUCGGGACGUGUUUGAGGAGAUGCGUGCGACUCUCUCAGAGCGAGCGUGAUGGGAUUUUGGCUUCUGUAGGGACUUGCCGUCAGCUUUUCCUCACUUUUAUGAAUCAUUACAGAGGAAUCUGUUGGAUAAACAUCUGUUUGAAGCUGUUUUCCAAGUGAUUACUUCUUUCUGAGUUGUGUAUAUAAAGGAUGUAAGACAAGAACCUGCACAGUAAACAUUUAAAGAACUGCACAUGAACAGCUGCUUUUGUAAACAGGUGAACAAGUGCUUCCAAAUGCUAUUCAAACAUAUAUGUAUGUAUGUAUUUUGAUGAGUAAUAGUUUGCAGGUGUUUUGAGUGACAGAUGGUUGGCAUAUCCUAUAAUUACUCAUUUUUGUGUGAAAGUGUAAGGCUGGCUGAGAGAACAGCUAAUGGGUUUCUCAUUAUUUAAGGCUGGUUGCUCAUCACAGUACAGAUUGAAAGACAUUCCUCUAUAUUUACAUUUUUCCAUAGUUCGAGCAAGUAAGAAAGUAAAACAUGACAACUCAUAACUGAAGAGUGAUUUUUGCAGGACUUGGAGGCUGGUUGCCUUUCACAGGGUUGAUUCUGAGGACAUUUUCUUCCCAUUUUCCUAUUUUGGCAAAAAGUCUCCAAAGUUUAAUAGCCUGCAAAGGUCUUAAAGCAGAAUGAGGAUAUUUGGAUAUUUUACACCCUUGGCAUCCCUGGAUUUCUGGAGAAUCCUGUAACUGAGGAAUGCAGUACGGAUCCUAGACGAGCGUCUGAUUUUUCAUAAACACUGCGCGGGAUUCGUCUGCAUCACAUAAAGUGAGAAACCACAGCACUUCUUUACUCUUCUAAAGAGAAAGAGUUGGAAUAUUGAUCAAUGCCAUUUUUACCCGGGGGUCAGCUGAACAGACGCGCUGUGGAGUCUGGAUAAGCCGGGCAGACGGGGCCCAAUGCUUCUCCUCAUUCUAAGAUGAAGUUAUGGAAGUUUGCUGCCAUUGGCCUGAUUCUCUGUGGUGCUGCACUUCCCCUGCUCGUCCUUAAAACCGCUCCCUCUUCUCGAGCCCCGCCCCCUCCUCCCCACCGCAGAGCUUCAUCCUCAUCACUUGCACCUCCAUCAUCUUCAUUCGCACCCAGCAAUUCGUCGACUACUGUUGCGGCUGGUGGGCGGCAACGGAGGGUCCGAUCAGCUGACGGAGGAAACUCUCUCGUAUCAGAAUUCAUGAAGAUGUUUCAGAGCUUCACAGAGGGUGAGUUGAAGCAGGUCAUUGGGACACUGGUGGAAAGGAAAGCCCACAGAGAUGCCCAGCAGAGCAAAAGGACUAAACGGGCUAAAAAGCGAGCCAAACCCUGUUCGCUGCGGGAGGUGGAGGUGACAGUCAGUCAGCUGGGGUUGGGCUACAAGAGUGAUGAGACUAUAGUCUUCCAUUACUGCAGUGGAAGGUGCACUACUAGUCGCAGAAACUAUGAUCUGUCGCUGGCGAACAUGAAGCGCUUGCAGCUGCUAACAAAGGACCAGAAGGACAAGGCUCGCCACAGCCCCUGUUGUCGACCCACUGCAUAUGAGGAGGACAUCUCCUUCCUUGAUAACGACAAUAAAUACCACACAAUCCAAGAAAUUUCAGCUAAAGCAUGUGGAUGCGUCUGACAUUAAGGGUCAAAACUCAGAGCACUCAAAACUUUUAGGAAACUGAUUGAUUCUGAGAAGAAAGUCUUCUGGGCUUAAAGCACUGAGGCGAAAGCGAAUGUCUUGCAUUGCCUUCACGAAAAAAACACUCGGCUGACAGAUUCUCCUCAAACACCUCUGCCAGUCCUGAUGAAGAGAAACCCGACAAUACAUGAAGUGAAUAAGUAAUUAUUCUUAUGUUUACUCGUUGCUAAUGAGAUGCUGCUGUAUAUCUUGUUUCUAUUGCCUUCUUGGGUCUAUUUCAAAUAGCUUGAAAUGUUGGGUGGAUGUUAAGCUCAGAGUUUCAAUGUAAAAAAAAAAAACUCUCAAAAAUUCAUUCAGGGCUUCGGAAAACAAAGCAAGUUCACAAAGGCACACCCUACGCUGAACAAAACUUCCUCAUUGUGUAACCGACCUGUAAAUGAUGCCAACAGCUCUGAAAAGGUUUCAACUCUGACAUUUCAAAGUCAAAAAACAUUCCCACAAAUCAAGUUCAAACAAACGUAUUAGUUAUACUGAACAUCUACCUCAGCUUUAAUCUAGUAGACAUUUCUCUGUAAAAGAAAACCCAAUAUUUUGUCAGAUGUUAAAAUGUGUGGUAUCAUACAAAUGCAGAGUAAAUAGUAACAGAAGAAAAACCGAGGAUCACAUUCUACCAAGACGUUACGAACACAACAAAUUUACAGACAAAUCAUCAAAUGUGUUCUAAAAUCGACUCAAAAUAUCAAACAUGUUUGAUAUUCUCCAACUGGAAGAAAUAAUAGUCUGACGCUAAAAAUAUUAUAGUAUGUGCCCAUCAUACACUACGCGAUUAUCCUGUGAAAUCUGUUAAAUCCAACUGCCCAAAAAUACACAGACAGGCUCUGAGUUUUCGGCAAAAUUAAGGCAAAAAUCUGGACAAGUGUAUAUUCCAUGGCGAAUUGGUGGUUAAUAUAUGUGAAUUUGUGUGCAUUCAUAUGUUUUCACACAAUGUGCUUGUUUUUUAUUUUUAUUAUUAUCAUUAUUAUUUUGGUGUAAAAUCGUUUUGAAGGAAGAUUUUCCUGCUUCACAUUGUAUGAAUUCUUAUGAAGUCGCCACCUUGUAAAAUACAUUUUCCAAUAAGAUCCGGUUGCACUGUCUCCACAAAUUCUCCAAAUCUUCCAAUCAGGUUUGGUUUAGAAGGAAAUUUCUUCGAUUUUUGUGCAUUGCAAUAUCUAGGGCUGGGUAAAAAUAUCGCUUUCUCAAUUUUAUUUGAUUCUCCUUUUUACGAAAAAAUCUUAAAUCCCAAGUAUCUAUUAGUCUUAUUAGUCAGUUAAUGAAAACGUUGUAGCGCACCUCCCAAGUAAUAAAUCGCAAAAAGCUUUGUGAAUUGUUACUUCUGAUAUGAAACUAAGUCUCAGGUUUCAAAUUCUGUCCAUUACAAUAUUCACAGAAUAAAUACAGUUUUGGUGCUGUUUAAUGUGGAGUGACAGAUCGCCUCAGUUCAAGAGAAGCAGCAUG